AGGCUGCGUAUCUUCUUUCCGGGCCCGCGAGGGCUGGGUUCCAUCAGAUUCUAAGGGCAGGAGGUGGGCCCGUGUAGAGAUAGCCGGAGCGUUCCGGGCGGGGACAGGAUCUUACCGCAGUUCAGUUCCACAGAGAGGAUGCUCCUCUCUUAACGAGAGGAAAGAGAAGCUGCAGACUUCUAGACUGGUGAUUCUGGAUGCUGCAAGGAAAGCCUACUUUCUCAUGCUCUCUUCUCAUCUCAGUCAUAAGGACACUGCCAUAUCCCAGGAGAAGAGCCAAGAGGAGGAAAGAAUGGCUGUUGGACUUCUUAAAGCCAUGUACCAGGAGUUGGUGACCUUCAGAGAUGUGGCUGUAGACUUCUCCCAAGAGGAAUGGGAUUGUCUGAAUUCUUCUCAGAGGCAUCUGUAUAGUAAUGUGAUGUUGGAGAACUACAGGAUCUUGGUAUCACUGGGACUUUGCUUUUCUAAGCCAAAUGUGAUAUUAUUGUUGGAAGAAGGCAAAGAGCCCUGGAGCGUGAAGAGAGAGCUGGCAAAAGGCUUAUGCUCAGGCUGGGAAUCUACCUGCAAAAGUGAAGACUUAACUUCAAAGCAGGACAUUUACGAAGCACAGUCAUCUCAGAAGAUAAUAGAAAAAUUGACAAGCUGUGGCCUUGAGUACUCCUGUUUCAGAGAAGAGCGGAAAUGUGAGGGCCCUUUUGAGAGGCAACCAAUGAAUCAGAAGGCAUGCUUCAAGGAAGAGACAAUCAAUCAUGAAAAAGCCUUUGUUGAUGAAAGACAAGAAUGUAACAAAUCUUGGGAAAGUCUCCAUUUGAACACACUGCUUCAUACACAGCAGAUAAUUCCAAAAGAGGAGACAGUACAUAAAUAUGAUACAUAUAAGAAAAGCUCUAAAAAAAAUUUAAUGGCCAUUAAACCCAAGAAUACCUAUACAGAGAAGAAACUUUUGAAAUGUAAUGACUGUGAAAAAGUUUUCAGCCAGAGCUCAUCCCUUAUUCUUCAUCAAAGAAUUCAUACUGGAGAGAAACCCUAUAAAUGUGUAGAAUGUGGGAAAGCCUUCAGCCAGAGAUCAAAUCUUGUUCAACAUCAGAGGAUUCAUACUGGGGAGAAACCCUAUAAAUGUAAGGAAUGUAGGAAAGCUUUCAGUCAGAAUGCUCACCUAAUUCAACAUCUGAGAGUUCAUACGGGAGAAAAACCUUAUGAAUGUAAGGUUUGUAGGAAAGCUUUCAGCCAGUUUGCCUACCUUGCUCAACAUCAGAGAGUUCAUACUGGAGAGAAACCCUAUGAAUGUAUUGAGUGUGGGAAAGCAUUUAGCAAUAGAUCAUCCAUUGCUCAACACCAGAGAGUUCAUACUGGUGAGAAACCUUAUGAAUGUAAUGUGUGUGGGAAAGCAUUUAGCCUUCGUGCAUACCUUACUGUACAUCAGAGAAUACAUACUGGAGAGAGACCCUAUGAAUGUAAAGAAUGUGGGAAGGCCUUCAGCCAGAAUUCACACCUUGCUCAACAUCAGAGAAUUCAUACUGGAGAAAAGCCUUAUAAAUGUCAGGAAUGUAGGAAAGCAUUCAGCCAGAUUGCAUACCUUGCUCAACAUCAAAGAGUUCAUACUGGAGAGAAACCCUAUGAAUGUAUUAAAUGUGGGAAGGCUUUUAGCAAUGACUCAUCUCUUACCCAACAUCAGAGAGUUCAUACUGGAGAGAAACCUUAUGAAUGUAAUGUUUGUGGAAAGGCUUUUAGUUAUUGUGGAUCCCUUGCCCAACAUCAGAGAAUACAUACUGGAGAGAGACCCUAUGAAUGUAAGGAAUGCAAGAAAACUUUUAGGCAGCAUGCACACCUUGCUCAUCAUCAAAGAAUUCAUCUUGGGGAGUCACUCUCACCACCUAAUCCAGUCAAUCACCAAGUCCUGUAGACCCUAUCAUAAAUAUUUCUGGAAUUUAAAUUCUUUUCUCCAUCUUUAAUGCCAUUCUUGUCUAAGAUCCAUCUCACUGGGAUCACUGCUAUAACUGUCUGAUAGGUCUUCCUGUAUCAACUUUUGGUUUCCUUAAAUUCAUUUCCCACCAUACACCCAAACUGAUCUUUUUGAAAUGUAAGAAUACACACAUCACUGCCUCCAAUUAAAAUGUUUUUUUGCUUGCUAUUGUUCUUAAGCUAACAUCCACGGUCUUUAAAAUUUCUAUGAGGUGCUUUAUUAUCUCGUUCUUAUAUACCUCUUAUUUUAUUCCAGUCUCUCUCUCUGGGCACUAGGCACUUACCAGGAUGAAAAGCUUACAUUCUAGAAAAUUAUAGCUCUGCUACUACUAUAGGAUUGUGUGAUUUUGAGUAAUUUGCUUGACUCAUCUAAACCUCAGGGUUUUCUUUAAUUCUUAAAAUAGGGAUAAUAAAGGGUACUGUAUUUUAGAAAUGUUAAAUGGAAUAGUGUCUGUUGUAGAUUGAUCUAUAUUAAGUAAGAUAUUUGCAUGUAAAUUACUUCAUAUAGUACAUAAAAUAUAGCACAUAUUCAAUAAAUGAUAGCUAACAUGUAUUGAGUACCUACUAUGCACCAAGCAGUGUUCUACAUACUCAGCAUAUAUUAACUCACUUCUCACAGCUAAAACAAGGUUCCUUAAUGGACAAAGUAGAAAUAACAGAUCAGAAUUGGGAAACUUAAAAAUUUUAGAAUAUAAGUGGAAUCUUUGUAUUCUAGGUGAGUAAUCAAUAUAGACAUAAGUAGUAGAAAUAUAACACUUAUAACCAGUUUUAGGGAGUUUCCAGAGAGAAUGAAUUGGAUAAACCCAUUAAAGUGAGGAUUUACAGAAUAUAGAGUUUACAUUUAGAUAAAAGAAUAGAGAGUAUCUCAACUCCCCUCCCCCCCAAAAAGCAAAACAAAAGCUGAUAAAUAUAUAAAUUCAUACUGUCUCAUAAAAAGGCUCAAUUAGUUUUAUGAUUGAAUCUGAGUAAUUUUAAAAGCAUUUAAACUUUCACCCUAUAGAAAAAGUGUAAUGUUUAUAAUUUUGUUUAAUUCAGUGAUUGUAAAAAGGGGAUUUAGGGAAGAAAUCUACAGAUAUACACACACACACAGACACACACAUGUCUGUAGAUAUAUAUACACAUAUGUGUGUGUAUGUAUAUGUAUGUGUGUAUAUGUAUGUGUACAUAUAUAUAUAUAUAUGUAUAUGUAUAUAAAAUUUCAUUCAGUGAUUAUUGAGUAGCUACUAUUUGCCAGAGACUGUCACUGUUUUAGGUAUGAGGAGACAACAGUGAUCAAUCCAAAGAUUAUGUCUUCAUGGAGUUAAAUUCCAGAGGGUGAGAGUGUUAAUACUUAAAUAUAAUCAUAGAUCUUCAGACCCAGAAAACUGAAGGCUAAUGAUGUAAAUUGAGUAUUAUAUAGUCUAGACUGAAGAGACUCAAGAUAAAGUUAUUCUUAAUUCACAAAUUCACUACAAUUCUAACCAAAAUUCUCAAAUGGGCCUUUUUGCCCUUUAUUUUCACAACUUUGUUCUGAAAUUCAUCUAUGAAGUAUGAAUUCUUAACAAAAGCAAGAAAAUUAUUGAAUAUGAUCUAUUUGUAGAAAUUUUGCAUAAGAUAAAGAUGGUUUAUACCAGUAAAGAAAGGAUGGAUUUGGAGGUAGUUGAAUAAUUGACUAUAUACAUCAAUAGUGCUUAAAGGAAAUGCAAAUAAGGCUACAGUGAUGAUUUCAAGAUCAUCACAUUGGCAAAAGCAUUACAUUGCCAAUGAUUGGAAAGAUGUACAGUAAUGGGAAUUUUGAUACAGUGUUAUUUGGAAACAAUUAUGUUUAAGAUAAUUAGGCAAUACCUAGUAAAGUUGAAGAUGUGGGUACUCUGACCCAGCAAAUCCACCCUUAAACCUCUACAGAGUCUCUCGUGUGUUCGGGGAGACAUACAUGAAGGUCCACUUCAGCACUGUGAGAAUGAAAGUUGAAAGCAAUCAAAAUAGCUGCUAGGGCGAAUAAAAGUUAGAACUCAAGUUGAAUGAACUAGAAUAAACUAGAGAUACUUAUGUCAACAUGGACAAAUCUCAAAACCAGUGAAAUUGAAAUAGCAUUUUGUAUGAUGUGGUACUACUUAUUUAUAUAACAUUUGAAAACAUGCAAAUCAUACUAUAUUUUUCAUUGCUAAAUACUAUAUGGAAAUAGUAUAAUAACAUUCAUGGAAAUAAUCAAAUUCAGAACAAUGGUGACCUCUGGGGAGGGAGAACGAGAUUGAGGGAAUGAUGCUAAGGAUACAAAUAACUUAUUAUUUUUUUUAAAUAAGCAAAUAAGACCAAUUCUUAUAAUUUGAUAAGGCUGGUUAUGGGUUUAUAGGUAGGUUCUUGUUCUUUGUGUCUUUCUGUAUAUUUAAACUGUUUCAUAAUAAAAAUGUUUAAAUGUUU